GUGCUGCGCCGCGCCCGGGCGCGCGAGGCCUCGCAGGGCCGCGCCGUGCUGCACUGGGCCACGCACGGGGCCCAGGGCCCGCCCGCCGUGCUGCUGGAGGACGGCAGGGGCGAGGGGCACUGGAGGGGCCCGCAGUGGCUGCGGCAGCUGCUGGGCUCCACGGAGGGCGCGGGGUGCGGGCUGGAGCUCUGCUUCCUGAGCUUCUGCUACGGCGAGGCCUUCGGCCUGGAGUUCCGGAGGGCCGGGUGCCCCUACGUGGUGUGCCAGCGGGCCGGGGUCCGAGACAGGACCGCGAAUAGGUUCACGGACGCGUUCUACAAGAGCCUUGCCGAGGGAGACGGCGUCCCGAAGGCGUUCAAAGUAGCCAGGGAGGUGCUUCUCGUGUCGGGGAAUGACUGGGCUCUCGUGAGGGAGGCACACAAUUACUUGCUGCUGCACGCGCACGACGAGUCUCACUCUGAUGAGCUAGCCGAGCCUGCGCCAGAUUUGGCUCGACAAAACAGUGGAAGGAGCACGUCACCGAGCACGCCCUGCCGUUUGCCGUCACUUCCAGAGCAUGCCCUCCAACCUGGGAGUGGCGAGGAAGCACUGAUGGGAGUGACGGCCGCCUUCAACUGGAGAGAACCGUCGGAUUCGGGCAUCGAAGACUAUGUGGGUGGGGAGGAGGAUCUCGUCCGCCUGCUGAGUCUCUUCGAGGCCGGGCGGAGAUGCGUCUGCGUCACGGGCAAGCCCGGGAUAGGCAAGACCAGCCUGGUCAAGCAGCUGAUCACUUACUCCCAGAUGUACGGCCGCACGUUCGACCACGCGGCGGUGUACGUCUCCUGCUCCGACGCGCCGUGCGCCCCGCCGCCGUGCGACGAGGAGUGCUCGGAGGGGCGCGCUCUCACCGAGCUGGCGCCCGCCGCCGCACCGUGCCUCCCCGGCCUGGUUGCGAGGGCGGCCGCGGACGUGGCGGGGCAGGCGGCGCAGCAGUCGCAGUCGCAGGCCUGGGCGUGGUCUCGGGGCCAGGGCACCGACGCCCAGGAGAGCGCGGUCCUCCGCGACGCGAUGGACGAGCUGGAGAGGCGGGCGAAGAGCAAUGGUCGCUUCGUCCUGGUCGCGCUGGACGACGUGGCCGCGGUGCAUCGCGAGGACAGGAGGCUGUUGGAGCGCCUGCUGAACGACUACCAUCGGUUGCGGGUGCUGUUUGUCAUGCGCGAGGAGUGGACUGGCGGAGAUCUGGCCGGUCACAAGGUGGUCACGAUGAACCUCCGCGGCUUGAGCCACGACUACGCAGCUCGGCUUUUCGUAAGGCGGGUGCAUCGCAGGCUCAAGUCCGACGACUUUCCUGACUUUCCGGAGUAUCUGCGCGCAGCUUUCAACAAGACGCCCUCAUCAAGUGAAGAGGCCGAGAAACAGUGUGAGUACGCCCAGAAGCAGCUCCAACGGCACCCCGUUCUGAUGCAGUGCGACGGCAAUCCAGCCGCCAUUCGCGACAAGGCCAGUUGCGUCACAGGCGGCCUGGCCACUCUCAUGGACCUGCUCGAGGCCUGA